AUGGAGCACCUCGGGGCUCACCACCUGCACCAAGGGCAAGCCGAGCCCAUCAGCUUCGGCAUCGACCAGAUCCUCAACACGUCGGAGCCGGGCAGUUGCAUGGUGUCGCACCCUCGGCUGCAGGACUCGGCGGACUACGGGCUGGGCUGCAUCGUAGGCAGCGCCUAUAACACGGUCACGGGUGGCUACGGGGCGAGCGGCGGCGCGGCCGGCGCCUACACCGGCACCUCCUGCAGCAUGGGCGGCCUGCCCAGCUCCUACAACGUGAACAUGGCGGUGAGCAUGAACGGCAAUACCUUGAGCUCGGCCGGCGGCGUGAUCCGCGUCCCGGCCCAUCGCCCCGUGGCCGGCGGCGUCCACCAGCCCCUCUCCGCCGCCGUGCCGGCGGUAAACGGCAUGAACAGCCUCACGGGGCUCACCUUCCCCUGGAUGGAGAGCAACAGGCGGUACACAAAAGACAGGUUCACAGGUCACCCCUAUCAGAACCGCACGCCCCCCAAGAAGAAGAAGCCGCGCACCUCCUUCACCCGGCUGCAGAUUUGCGAGCUGGAGAAGCGCUUCCACCGGCAGAAAUACCUGGCCUCGGCCGAGCGCGCUGCCCUGGCCAAGGCCCUUAAGAUGACGGACGCCCAGGUGAAGACCUGGUUCCAGAACCGGCGCACCAAGUGGAGGAGGCAGACAGCGGAGGAGAGGGAGGCUGAGCGGCAGCAAGCAAACCGCAUUCUCAUGCAGUUGCAGCAGGAAGCCUUCCAAAAAACCAUCAACCAGCCCAUCCAAGCCGACCCCAUCUGUGUCCACAACUCCUCUCUCUUUGCCCUUCAGAAUCUCCAGCCUUGGUCUGAUGACUCCACCAAGAUCACCAGUGUCACCACUGUCGCCUCUGCUUGUGAAUAA